AUGGCGGAUAUGUCAGAUAGUUUCCUCACGGAACAGCUUCUGUGCCUCCGCAAUGAGGCCUCUCACCCAGACUCUUCACACCGCCUCUCAGACCUUCUAUCUUCCAACUCCGGUCCUUGGCCCAUUCGUCAACUAAUCCUAACCUUCCAAGACAUCUACAAAUGCCUCCCCGAGUCUCUCAAGGCCAAGAACGAUGAAUCAAUAACCCGCCUCCGUGCACAAGUCAAAGCAGCCACUCCCAGCAUUGCAGACUUAAUAGGGACAGACUCUCGCGCCGGUUUCAUCGAUCCCACCACAGAACGGAGUCUGACACAUAAUGCUAUCCGCCAAUUCGCGCAGAGUUUCCAAAUACCUGUUGGCCCUUCCCGCCAUGGAAAGCCUCGCGUCGCCGUCAUCCUGCCUAACGGCCUUCUUAUGGCAGUCGCGGUUCUCACAUUCGCCAACAGGUAUACCAUUUUGCCAAUGGUAUCAAAUAUGGUGCCGGAGCAGCUACACAUGGACAUCGAACAUUCACAAGCUGACGCAAUCGUCGCACUGGAUGCUGACAUUGGCAAGUUGCACUUGGACAACGGUAGUCGGCCGGUGUUUGGCAUCGAGCAACUGGAAGACUUGACUUUCAGGGUGGUUUCUUCACAACAUGCCCCUAGUACGACAUCAAAUAUCCUCCCCAAUGCUGGGGACGACAUUGCGAUUAUCCUUUUCACCAGUGGUACUAGUGGUACCAAGAAGCUGGUUCCCAUCACAACUUAUAGUCUCAUUGCGGGUACAAUUGCCACCAUGGAGUCGGUAGAACUGUCCGAGACAGACGCCUGCUUGAACAUGAUGCCGCUGAACCAUGUUGGUGGCAUCGUCCGUAGUAUCUUCUCUCCCAUUCUCGCCGGCGGUGCCACAAUUUGCUGCCCUGUUUUCGACCCCAGCAUGUUCUGGGAUAUUGUCGAAAACCCUAACAUGACACCAACUUGGUAUUAUGCGACCCCAACGAUGAACCAAAUGAUCCUUGGUGAAGCUGAGCACCGCCCCGAAGCUGUUAAGCAAAGCACCAUUCAGUUCCUUUGUAAUGCUGGUGGGGGUCUUCCUCCAACGCUCGCCGUGCAGCUUCGUGAUACUUUCCACUGCUCUACCCUUCCCAGCUACGGCAUGACUGAGUGUAUGCCUAUUGCUGCGCCGCCCAGGGACUACACUCUUGACCGCCCUGGAACGUCGGGACGCAUCGUUGGUCCUGAAGUUGUAAUUAUGAGCGAGAGUGGCAAGCCUGUCGAGCGAUGUGGGAUGCUCGGUCAUAUCUGCAUUCGUGGAUCACCAGUGUUCGAGGGAUAUCUGACCUCCGAAGGCAAGAUCGACACCAGUGCAUUUAAUGAGUCCGGCUGGUUCGACACCGGUGAUUUGGGAUACCUCGAUGCUGAUAACUAUCUGUACAUCACCGGCCGCAGCAAGGAGGUCAUCAACCGUGGUGGUGAAAUUAUCAGUCCCGUGGAAAUUGAAGAUGCCGUGUUGACAUCGGCCAAACAACCUGGCUCUCCAUUGUAUGGUCGCGUUGCCGAGACAUUAGCUUUCUCUGUUCCGGACACGGUGCUGCAGGAAGUCGUCGGUGUGGUUAUCGUCACAACCCCUGGCACCACCCGGCCAGAUCUUCGCCAGCUGCACGAAGCGCUGCAGCCUAUUAUCCACCAGCCCAAGUGGCCCGCACUGGUAGUGUACAUGGACCGGGUGCCGAAGUCGAACAAUAAGCUCCAGCGUAUUAAGCUCGCUCAGCGGUUGGGCCUGGAAGCCCUCACUCCAACUACACCUCUAGCAGACCGCCAUUACGAAGCUGUCUGCCCGCCCAACGGUACACCACUCAGUGAAUCAAUACCGCAAAAGGCAUGUAUCGUCGACCAAAACAUAAUCCGCUCGUUCCUUAGCGAGAUGACCUGCACCCCAGAGGUGCACGUUCACAUAAAUUCACGCGAUGGCUUCGCACAGGCUGUUCUGUUCGGCCGGACUCCGGAUAAUGACCAUAUAACACCUGGCGACCUCCACAACCAACUCGAUGGCUACCUUAUUCCUAGUCGCAUCGUUCUGCUCGAAGAUCCCCUGCCCGUUGAUGAGUUCGGGAACCCUGAUCAGGCCGCUAUCGACAUGGCCAUCCGUGCUCGCAACUCAGAGGGCGAUCUGUCGCCCCUACAGCGACGCGUGCGUGAGAUUUUCGCAGCCGCCUUGUCUUGCCCAGCAGAAGAAAUCUCCGCGCUUACUGACUUCUUCGUUGCUGGCGGUGAUAGUCUCAGUGCAGGCCGUUUGGUUUCGCAGCUGCGUCGCGAAUUCGGGAUUUUCCUGGCCGGUGACAUUCUCUUCCAGUACAGUACCGUUGGCGAUAUCGAGAACAAGGUUGCCGAGGGUGUUGAAGCCAAGGCCGCCAAGGGCGAGGACAGUGAAGUCCAAUUGCCCGGUUGCGAGGAAACAUAUAGCAGCACCAACCCAAUUGUCUUGGUCCUGCAUCUGUUCCCGCUCAUGUUCUUCUUUCCCAUGAAGCGCGCUUUCCAGUGGAUUAUAUUCUCAUACAUCGUGGCCGAGUGCUCAACCCGGUUCCCCAUUCGUGACCAGCUCAUCGGUCGUUUGGUUCUGAUUGUUCUAGCUGUGCUGUCGGGCCGUGUCGCCGGAUAUAUCGUGGCUCCCUUCUGCGGCAUCAUCUUCAAAUGGCUUGUCGUCGGUCGCUACACCGAGGGCAUGUAUCCCAUGUGGGGGCCCUACCACACGCGCUGGUGGUUGGCACAGAAGGCAUUGCAGGUGUGUGGAAAGGGCAUAUUCAGCCACUUCAACUGGUCGCGCGUGCUGUUCUACCGCCUGCUCGGCGCGAAGAUUGGCAAAAACGUUACUAUCUCCAAAACUACUAAGCUUGGCGAGUAUGACUUGGUCGAAAUUGGUGACAAUGUCGUCUUGGAUACCUGCCAGUGUCGUCCCUUUGCCGUGGAGCGCAAUACCUCUAUGCUCUUGAAGCGCAUCCGCAUUGGCAAGGACUCGUCCGUUGGCCUUAAGUCCAUCAUUGCCCCCGGUGCUGAUAUCCCCGAGAAUACCUGUAUUGGUCCCAACUCGUCGAGCUGGGAACUCCAGGAUGCUGACGAGUCCAACCGCGAGUUGCUCUCAUCUCGUAUCCCUUCGCCGCACUGGCUUUGGAACCUCAUUCUCAUUGAGCCGCUGCGAAUCCUCGUCUGGGUCUGUGCUCGUCUUACAUGGAUGGGUGGCCUCGUACCUAUGGUGCGCCAGAUCCCUACUCAGUCGCCUGAUAUGUUUCUGGCUACCCUGGAAUGGUUCACCAGUGCUCGUCGGAUUGGCUUCCACAUUACCGCGAGAAUAUGCCGUGCGAUUGGAGGCCCGAUUGUGCUUUUUAUUGCAGUCCUGAUUGUCAAGACAAUGCUCGAUCUCAUCUGCGGCAAGCCCAAGCCCGGACCUGCCUCCAAGCAGACUACUCGCCAGAAAGUGCGGAGUGCUGUGCUCGCGCAGAUCAUGCCAGCGGGCGAUAUCCACGAUCUCACCCGUCUUGCUGGUCGUCACUACGAACUUGCCUCGGUCUUCGUCCGUCUCCUUGGUGGCAAGGUUGGCAAGCGUGUCUACUGGCCCAGUGUCGGUCCCAUGGUUUCCGACUUUGACCUCAUCGAGGUUGGCAACGAUGUUGUCUUUGGUUCUCGCUCGAGUCUCAUCACGUCCGAUGGCUAUGGUCGUGACCGCGUCGUGAUUGGUGACGGCGCCAUGGUUGGUGACCGUGUUGUCGCUUUGCCCGGAGUGACCAUCGGUCGUGAAGCCAUGAUCGGCUCCGGUGCUUUGCUUCGCCGUAACGGCGACUUCCCAGAGAAGACAGUGUGGACUGGUAGCAAGGGUGGUAACGCGGUGCAGUUCACGACUUCCACCUCGGUGCCCGCCUCGAGUGGCCCUACUCUGGUCGGAAGCAGCAACAGUAGCGACGACGGCAGCAGCGAAGACGAGAAGCAUAUGGCCGAGAAGCGCAUUGGAGAAAAGACCCCAAACGAGAAGCUGACUGUUGUUGGCGAGAAGGACAAGACCGUUACCGAGAUCACUGAGCUGGAUACCUGCAAACCUUUUGGUCGUGCAUUCUAUCGCCACGAGUCUAACUAUUACGUCCUCCGCAUCUGGCAGAUUGUCGUAUAUUCCAUUGUUUCGGUCGUCUUCACCACUGUCUACUGGAUCAUGUCCAUCAUUUUCUCACUCUUGGCUCUCCGUGCUGCCCUGAGCUACAGCAACGCCGCUGGAUUUCAGCAGGGCCCCUGGCGCCCAUUCGUUCUGUACGGCACACUCGCCGCAAUCCUGUCCGGUGUCAGCGCUGCCCAAGCCUUCCUCGCCCUCGGCAUCAUCAUCUGCAUUAAAUGGAUGGUCAUGGGCCGCCGCAAAGAAGGCACCUUUCACUGGGACAAGAGCAGCUACAACCAGCGCUGGCAGUUCCUCCUCUCCUGCGAGACUGUCAUCAAGGAUUGCUAUGGCGGUGCUGGUCUCCUGCCUAUGAUUACUGGCACUGCCUACCUUAGCUGGUACUACCGCCUCCUGGGCGCGAACAUCGGAAAGGACUGUGCCAUUCACGCCAACGGCACUCCCAACAUCUUCUUCACUGAGCCUGAUCUCCUCACUCUCGGUAACCGUGUCGCUGUGGAUGAUGCCAGUCUGGUCUGCCACUUGAACUCGCGUGGUGAAUUCGAGCUGCACACCUUGAAUGUUGGAGACCGAAGUAUCUUACGCGCUGGAUCGCGGUUGAUGUCUGGUGCCUCGAUGGGCCAGGAUGCUUGCCUUUUAGAGCAUACGCUGGUUCUUUCAGGUGACCAUGUUGAGGAUGGGGACACGCUCCAAGGAUGGCCUGCCGAGGGCUUUGAUGGGAAGCGCGCUUAG